UCAAAUCUGGGGCUGACAUGGAAGAGGUUGGUGGUAUUGAGCUUUCAGUCCGGUCGGCAUCCGUUGGGAUUCAUAUUGUUAAUGAGGCCUUCGCGACGCCAUGUCCUGAAUGCGUGACAACUAUCGGUUGCCACCUUUUUGACUCACGUCAGCGUUGAUGCUUGCACCAUUCCAACAUCGCUCCUGUGUAACGCUGUGGAUAUACAAUGAAACAGCAGGGUUAUACAUUGGUCCCAGGAAUCGGGACCGGAUAUGUCCUCUGGACUGACACCCCGAUAAGUUUCUAUGGCGGCGUUGACUCCAAGACAGGUGAGGUGAUCGAUCGGCAUCACCCUCUCUGCGGACAGAAUAUCAAAGAUAAGAUCCUGGUGAUACCUGGUGGGAGAGGGUCUUGUGCAGGAAGCGGUGGCAUCCUGGAAUUGCUCCAUGCAGGGUGUGCGCCGGCAGCCCUGGUGUUUGGCCAGCCAGAAGUCCUAGUUACCCUUGGGGUAUUGGUUUCGCGCGCUAUGUUCAACAAGUCGAUCCCUGUAUUAGUUCUCGGUACGUCGUUAUUCUCUGACCUUCAAUAUCAUAGCCAUGCUUCCAUUAGUGAAAACAAUGUCACCUUCGGAGAUGCUGCCUUGUGUCUUUCGCUCGAACCCUACGCCCAUUUCCCUCCAACUUCCAUCACACUCAGCCCAAACGAUAAAGAUAUAUUGGACGGAAAAAAAGGCGAGGCAAAAAAGCAGGCAAUGGAGAUUAUCAUGCUUUAUUCGCAGGCGCAAGGUGCAGACGGUCUGAUCGACGUCUCGCAGGCGCACAUAGAUGCCUGCGUAUAUGUCGGUCCAACCAGUCUACUCAUUCCCCAAAGGCUCCUCGCUCUCGGUGCUGAAGUUGCCGUUCCCACGACGAUGAACUCACUUAAUGUUGAUCGGCGAAGGUGGAAAGAGCUUGGGUGUGAGCCUAUCCUCUCAAAUGCUGCGUCUGAAGUUGGUGAUAUCUAUAUGAAAAUAGGUGCGAAAGAGAGCUUCACCUGUGCACCCUACCUGCUGGGGACAGCACCUGGACCCGGUGACCAGAUCGGCUGGGCAGAGUCCAACGCUGUGGUAUAUGCAAACAGCGUCCUGGGCGCUAGAACACAGAAGUAUCCGGACUAUCUGGACGUCAUGAUUGCCAUCACCGGGCGGGCACCGAAUGCGAAUUGCCAUACAGAUAGUGGACGGGUUCCAACUCUCCGCAUUGACUUUCCGGAGUUGGAUGAGUUCGAUGACUCCCUAUACCCUUUGCUGGGAUACUUUGUCGGGCAGCGAGUAGGAGCAGAGAUUCCUCUCAUCAUUGGGUUGAACAAUAUCACUCCACUGCCUGGAAUUCCAGAGCUGAAGGCUUUCAGCGCUGCCUUUGCUACGACGUCGGCAGCCCCAAUGUUCCACAUGAAGGGCGUCACACCUGAAGCCCACAAGCACGAGCAUCUACUCUCUGAGCUAAAACCUGUCCCGAUUACUUUUAGUGAUUUGAGGGCGUGCUGGGAAAAACUAAACACGCACGUCGACAGCUCCGUCGCACUGACGUCCCUGGGAAAUCCGCAUUUUGCUCUUGACGAGUUUGCCGCACUGGCGAAGUUAACAAGAGGCCGAAAAAGAUCACCCGUGACUCAGAUGAUCAUCACGACGAGCCGGGAGGUAUAUGAAAGGGCUGCUGAAGCUGGGUAUAUUGCUUCGCUGGAAGCCUUCGGAGCGACUUUUAUAACGGAUACAUGCUGGUGUCUCAUUGAAGAACCAGUUAUUCCGCUGGGCUCGAAGAAUCUGAUGACAAAUUCCGCAAAAUAUGCGCAUUAUGGGCCUGGGACGACGAAGCGCGGCAUUCAUUUCGGUAGUCUUGCGGCGUGCGUGGACGCGACGGAGUGCGGAUACAACAAACAGGGGACGCCCACAUGGUUGAGAGGUGAUUCUCCGCCCUGAGUAUGAUCGUAAAAAGACCCUUGUGGAAUAUAUGCCGGUAGCUCGUUGAUGAAAUGAUGCAAUAUAUCGCAAUCUCCAAUACCUUCCUGCACGGGAUGGCCUUCCUGAUUCGGAUUUUGGCGGGGAUGCUAUAAGAACCCCGCCACUGUAUGGACUCCCAAGUCAUCACCACGCUCUUACAACUCUCGACAUGCCUAAAAUCUUCCUGUAAGUACU